GAAUUUGAUUUUGCUCUUUCAGUGCAUCAGGUAAGAAGGGCUUUCAACUAAUCUCAAAGAGUCUGUACUUUCCCCUUAAAUGUUUAAAGGGAGAGAGGCUACUUAGUGUAUGUCUAAAACUACAAAAAUAAGAUAGACAUUUUUCUGUUUUAGGUGUUAUGUUCCCAAAAAUGAUUCUCGACCUGGCAGUCACUCCUGGAGAGGUGACCACUUCUCUCAUCAUUUUGGUGAUGGUUUUUGUUUUUGUAAGAGCUCUCAGGGACAAGGGCAGAAAGCAGGUGUCUCCUCCUGGCCCUUGGUCCUUCCCCAUCAUAGGGAAUCUUCACCAGCUUGGAGAUCAUCCUUACCUUACGUUAAUGGAGAUGAGGAAGAAAUUUGUCCUCAAAUUUGGCAUGGUGCCUGUCUUGGUGGUAAAUGGAAUGGAAAUGGUGAAACAAGUACUACAUAAGGAUGGGGAGCAUUUUGCAGGCAGACCUAACAUGCACACAUUUUCUUUCCUGGCAGAAGGAAAGAGUCUUUCAUUUUCAGUGAAUUAUGGAGAGAGUUGGAAACUUCAUAAAAAAAUUGUCUCUAAAGCCUUAUGAACUUUUUCUAAUGCAGAAGCAAAAUCCUCCACUUGCUCUUGCUUACUUGAGGAGCAUGUCACUGAAGAAGUUUCUGAACUGGUGACAGUCUUUGUAGAGUUGACUUCCAAGAAUGGCAGCUUUGACCCCAGAAAUGGGAUCACCUGUGCGGUGGCCAACGUUGUCUGUGCCCUUUGCUUUGGCAAGAGAUAUGACCACAGUGAUCAGGAAUUUCUUAAGAUAGUUAAAACGAAUGACGACUUACUCAAGGCCUCCAGUGCAGCAGCUAACCCUGCUGAUUUCAUACCAUGUCUCCACUACCUUCCACUGCAGAUUAUAAAUGCUCCUCGGGAGUUUUACCAGGCCCUGAAUGGGUUUAUUGCACUACACGUACAAGAUCAUCUUGCUACAUGUGAUAAGGAUCAUAUCCGAGACAUUGCUGAUGCUCUGAUUAAUGUAUGCCACAACAAAUAUGCUGCUACCAAAACAGACACCUUGAAUGACAGUGAAAUCAUAAGCACCGUGAGCGACCUCUUUGGAGCUGGGUUUGAAACAGUAUCAACAUAUCUAUAUUGGAGCUUUCUUUAUUUGAUACACUAUCCAGAAAUUCAAGCCAAAAUUCAAGCCAAAAUUCAAGAAGAAAUUGAUGGAAAAAUUGGGCUGAGACCACCCAGAUUUGAAGACAGGAAAAUUUUACCAUACACAGAAGCUUUCAUAAAUGAAGUAUUCAGACAUGCCUCUUUUCUUCCAUUUACUAUUCCACAUUGUACUACAGCAGACACCACUCUGAAUGGCUAUUUCAUUCCCAGGAAAACUUGCACCUUUAUUAACAUGUAUCAAGUAAACCAUGAUGAAACUACUUGGGAUAAUCCUAGCUUAUUUAGACCUGACAGAUUUCUAAACAAAAACAGAGAACUGAAUAAAAGUCUCGUCGAGAAAGUUUUGAUAUUUGGAAUGGGCAUCCGGAAGUGUCUGGGAGAAGAUGUUGCACGCAAUGAGUUACUCACUUUCAUCACUCCCGUUCUGCAGCAGCUCAAGCUGAAAAAAUGCCCCAGAGCCAAGCUAGACCUGACUCCUACAUACGGGUUAGUCAUGAGGCCAAAACCAUACCAACUCCAAGCAGAACUCCACCCCUAAAGUAGUUCAUCUGCUUAGAUUCUCAGACUGAGUGGAGGGUUUCUUACUCAAUUCAGAAAAACAGAUGAUUUGAGUUUAUUUAACUAG